AUGUUCCCCCACUCCCCUGUCCACAACGUCCCUCCACCCCCCUUCCUGCUUUCCCCACUCCCACUCUGCCCCCCACACCUCUACGAGCCGUACUUCCCCCUCCAGCCUCCCUUUCCCCCCCAGCUACUUCCGCAUCCAGCGUGGGCUGCACCUCUGCAUCCCGCCCUGCCAGGCCCUUCGGUGACCCAACUGCCGCCACCUGGCACCACGCCGCCUUUCCCACCCCCAUCCAAUCUCUACACCCCCUGCCCCUGCUCCCUGCGCAAUCCAGCCACCUACCCCAGCCUCCCUCUACCUCUCCCUAACUCCACACCGCCGUUCCUACCCCCAGCCAAGGUCUACACCCCUUGCUUUUGCUCCCUGGGCUGUGCCGUCCCCAACCUCCCUCCGCCUUUCCGCGGCACCAGACCGCCUCUCCCUCCCCCAGCCAACUUUUGCACCCCCUGUUCCUGCCCCUUGUGCCCUCCAACACCCUACCUCAACCCCCCCCAGUCUCCCCCUUCUCCAACACCCUCCAUAUUUCCUCCCCCCUGGGGCUCGCCCAUCCGCAGCUAUCACCCUUCAUCGAUUCCCCAAUUCCCUCUGUCCCCUGUUUCCCGGCCCCGCAUCCUAUCCUGCAUUUACCACAGCACCUCCUUUCGGUGCCCUCUCUGCCCUCCCACGUUCUCACCCCCCGCCUCCCAACCUUCUCAUUACCCGCUACCAGGCUCACGCCAACUCGACUACCCACUACCCUUUGCCCCUUCCUCUCUGUUCCCCACCCUUCCUUUCCCACCUGGCUCCACCUGCCCACCCCCACCUCCCGUGGAAUUCUGCCCUGCCCUCCCCACCUCUGGCCCACCACCUGGAGUUCCUUCCCCCUUUGACGCCCUCUUGAGCCAACCCCAGCAACUCACACCGCCACCGCCAGGCAUGCUGCCUCUAGCCAGGGGGGAACUUGCAGCUGACACUGCACGGGAAGGGGUAAGUGAGUUUGUGUGUGAAGGAGCAGCAGAGGCUACAGAGGAUGGGGCAGCAAAGGCUGCACGGGAAGGGGCAAUGGGGGUUGUGGGGGAAGGGGCAGCAGAGGCUGCAGAGGAAAGGGCAGCAGAGGCUGCAAGGGAAGGGGCAGCAGCGGCUGCACGGGAAAGGGCGGCAGGGGCUGCACGGGAAGGGGCGGCAGGGACCGUGACUCUGGCCAGGCAAAGGGCAGAGGCCAUGGAGACAGGUUUUGCAGGAGUAGGGGCCACGGAACCUGCUGCUGCGUCGGCUGGGGGAACCGCAGCAGAGGAGGCUAUAGGGACCGCACCAGUCGAGGCUGCAAGGACUGCAGCAGGAGCGACAGAGGCCACAGCGGGGGCUGGUAUAGGGGGAGGUGCUACGGGUGCAGCGGGGAAGGGGGUAACGGGGACUGGUGCGAGGGAGAGUGCCGCCCCGGCUGUAGCAAGAGAGGGUACGGCAGGGGCCUCAAAGGCAGAAGGUGAGGCUGCAGCUGAAGCAGCAGGGAGGGCCAUAGCACGGCCAGUAGGGGCGGCAGGGGCCGCAGCAAACUCGGGGAAACACACAGCAGGGCCGGCAGGGCCGGCAGAGACUGCAAAAGGGGCUAGCAGUAAAGCGGCAGCAGGCGGGGUGGGCUUGGGGGACAUAGGGGCAACAGGGGAAGGAGAGGGGAGGGUGGUCCCGACCGGGGUGGGCACUGAAGAGGGGGAUGUGAUAGCGAUAGAGGAGGAUGAGGGAGAGGAUGUGAUGCACAUUGACGGGCCACUGGCCCAAUACCUCACGCUUGACGGUGAGGCCGACCCGGCCCCCCUGCAGCCUCACGUCGAGGUUCCCCCUCUACCCCCCAUGCCCGUCCCCAUGCUAGCAGAAGGACCGAUGGAGGGGCUGGGGGAGACCUUGAGGACAGAGCCGCGCGAGGGAGCCCCCAUCCUCACCUCCCGUCCUCCAGCCCACCAGCCCCCAGGAGCACCACUUCCCCACCCCCACCCUCAGGUCCCGGUAGUGUCCAGGGGGGCAGCCAAGGCCCUGGCCUUCUUGGCGGAGCCGUGCUCCCCGACCCCCACGCUGCUCCAUGGCCAGCCCCCCUCUCCGUCCCCAACGCCUGACCCCACGGUUGCAGGCGGUCCACCGGGAGAGCACGCGGGUGCGACAAGAGCAGAGUCACCCGAGGGCACCCCUUCUCUCACCUCUCACCCCUCCCCGCCCCUUCCCUCACUCCUUCCUUCACCCCCAAGGGCAGCACACCUCUGCCCCCACCCUCAGGGGCUCCUUAGAGCACCACGUGGAGCAGCCAGGGCUCUGGUCUUCCUAGAGGAGCCAUGCUCCCCGACUCCUACCAACACCCAGCCACCCCUUACCGGCCCACUACCCCCUCCUCCACCAGGCCCCCCCCCACCCGGUAGUACACACAUCUCGGAGGUUGAAGCAUCUCUGCGGCCAAAUCCCUCUCCCACACGCUACAGGCACCCAAACCACCCGAGUCGCCGCACAGCCCCAACACGCCCACCCAACAGGCUGCCCUCCCCACACCACCCCCCCCAGGCAGCCGAGACCCACCCGCAAGGGCUUGCGCCCCAGGCUCAUGGGAGCGGCGGCACCCGGGUAGAGGGGCCCACAGGAGAGGCCACCACAGAGCCCACACAAAUCUCUCUCCCCCCACCGUUUGUACCUCGCUCUAACCUCCACACUGGCCCAGCCCCUCGACCCCCACCUCCAACCCCCUCUCCCGGCCGGGUUCCCCACGAGUGGCCCCGUUGGGCAGCCAUCACCCCCCACACACAGCUUGCCCGAUCUGUUCCCACGGAGGGGGAUGUUUCGAGGAGAGUGGGGAUGCACACAGAGCACCCCCUGCCUGGCGAACCACCCAUCCUCCCUCCACCCACCCCUUUGGCCCCACAGCCCCCCCUUCCUUCACAAACAGGCGCGGACAACCAGGUUGGCCGCCGGCGGAAGAACAGGGGCAGAGGAGGCAGAGGGUCAGCCCACGUACUCCCCCCUCCCUCCCUCCCCCACCAAGAGCCCCUCCCCACCUCACAUCCCGUUGAACAAUUACCAGGCCCUACCUCUACAGCCCGUCCACCAAACCUACACUCCCGCCCCGCUCCUGCACCUCCACAGGGCCAUGGGAGCGGACCAGCCCACUCACCCCCAUUCUGCCCCUCCCGUGCUGUGUCCCCCUCCCAGGUGGCGGCGGCCGCGAUCGCUACUGGGAGGGGGGCCGUCGGGUUGAGGGAUGCGCCCAUGGCAGACGCCACCGACUCCCCCUCCCAUCCCUCCCACCCCUUCCAUGUCGACGACCCCCUACCGCAACCCAUGGUGAUUGGGGAGGGCCAAGGGGGCCUUCUAGGGCAGGGUCCACACCCGAGCUCCGCUCAGCCAGCACGCCCCACUCCACCCUCUACCCUGCCAGCCCUCCUACUCUCACCUACAGGCAGGCAGGUCUUCGAGACCCCAGAGGAGGUGAGGGCUGGCAUUUCAGAUUUGCUGGCGAUACACCGCCUGAGCAGCUCUCCGGCUGCCCCCACCCUUCCAGUCCCACAGGACCGGACCCGGACGUAUGCGGAGGUCACCCGGUCUGUCCCUUCUUUUAUCCCCCCCGCCACUCAGCCAGGCGCGUCACUCCCGACCCCAAUGGAGACGGACCGGGGUCUGAGGCCGUGUCACUCGCACCUAGACGGGGUGGCGCCUCCCCCCGUUCAGCCCGUGGCGCAGGAGGUCACCAGCAGUAGGGAUGAGGCAUCCGCCCCUACCGAGACCCCUCCGCCUGGGGUAGCAGAGCCGUCACUUGAACCGCACCCCGCCGAGGGGCAGGAGCACACCACGGCACACACUUCAGGCUCACCUCCACGUCCCCCCUCCCCAGCUUCAACACCGGUGCCGGCACGAGGCCCGGCCCUAUCCUGUGCGACACCACCUCUAUCUUCGCUGACACCCCCCCCGCGCGGGGCUGGUGAGUCGUCUCCUCCCCUCAUCCCAGGCGAUCCUGUCGGAGCUCAGGCCGCCCACGGGGUCCCCUCUACAGCCAGUUCCGACGCCACGGCCCCGAUUGACCCCGCCGACACGGCGACAUCACCCGACCAGGUCGUGAGUUGCCCCACCUGCAGGAGCUCUCUCGCGAACCGACGCGCGCUCCAGCACCACAUUCCCUUCUGCCAUCCUGCGGACGCGGCUCGCAGGGCGCAGGCUGCCCAUGAUACCGCCUCGAUCAUCCCUUCCCUCUCACAGCCCCGUGCGACCGGGAUGCAGUUCACCGACGCACAGUGGCAGACGCUCGACUCGGUGGACUGGACAGAGUACUUCUCGCCCGAGCGUAUCCAUACACGCCCUCUCCGACGUGUCCCGGAGAGGGUCCGCGGAGGAUAUCUUGACGUCCUCAGUGCGAUCCUAGUCCGCAUUGCCCAGGACCCGGAGGCUGCUGGCCCUACCUUCCUCCUCGCUGCAGCGCCGACUCUUUUCCUUGUUCCAGCGACGCCACCCGACCGCUCGCACACGGCUGCCAUUGCAACGCGCAUCUCUCGCUUUGGUCGAGGUGAGUGGGCUGAGCUAGUCUCAGAUGCACUAGGCCGUCGCACACCCCUUCCUCGCCGCACAGGUCACCGGUCACGCACCGCCACCGAUCCCUCUGCAGCAGAUGAGCGCCGCAUUGCACGUUGCCUUCGUCUGGCAGCGUGCAAUGAGACCUCACGGGCGUGCGCGGCUCUCGAGUCCGCGGAGGCAGCCCCAGAUACACAGGGGACGAUACAGCGCCUGCAGUCGAAGCACCCCAACGCGGAGAGGCCGACCCCAGCUUGGCUGUCUGGCUUCCAGGGGUCCCCUCUCGUGCUCUCGGUGGAUCACUUACGCCGCGCGAUUUUCACAGCUCCGCGGGGCUCUUCGGGAGGACCGUCCGGUUGGGUCGCUGAGCACCUGCGAGACACUUUCCUAGCUUUCCCUCAGAGUCUCCAUUUCCUCCUGGCCGUGUACCAGCAGUGGCUCCGAGGCCGUUGCGCUCCAGCUGCGCGCUCCUUGCUAGCGUCCUCCACCCUCGUGGCUCUGGCGAAGUCGAACAUGGAUGUUCGGCCGAUUGCCAUCGGCGAGGUUUUGGUCCGCAUUCUUUCUCGGGCAGUUUGUCUCCAGCUACGUGACCAGAUGGCGAGGGUCUUCUUGGCAUCACAGCAGUUUGGGGUGGGGGUUACGUGCGGGACAGAGGUCGUAGUUAGAGGCGUCCGCCGCGCUCUGGCUGACCACCCAGACUGGGUGGUCCUGCAGCUAGACGUGGCGAAUGCCUUUAACUCUUUCCACCGAGACAGGAUGUUUCAGGCGCUGCAGGCCAGUCCGGAGUUUCAGUGUCUGAUCCCCUUCAUCGGCCUCUUCUACGGGACGCCCUCGGAUCUCCACUACAGGUCAGGCACGGGAGUGGUCACGAUGCACUCGGAGCGGGGCACUCGCCAGGGAGACCCUCUCAGCCCCUUCUUGUACGCUCUGACACAGCGUCUUGCUUUGGAGCCGGUUCUGGCGGAGGGGGAUGUCCAGCUCUGGUCGUACGCCGAUGACACGUACGUGCUAGGUCCCCCAGACAGGGUGCUGCACCAUUUUGCCGAGAUCGUGAGGCGCUUGGGCGAGAUGGGCCUUGCAGCCCAGCCGCACAAGUGCCUCGUCUACCAGACAGAGUCCUUUCUGUCCAGGGAUCUGGAGGCUUUCACGGGCCUAGGGAUCGAGGUCGCACGCCGAGGGCUCACCGUGACAGGCGUACCGGUAGGCACCGUUUCGUUCGUGGAGCAGAGUCUCCCGGAUCGUCUCGAGAGGAUGGGGCGGGUGCUACCUUGGCUUCCGAGGUUGCGCCAGCCCCAGACAGCUGCCCGCCUUCUUUCGGCGUGUGUCAGCACUCGUCCGCAGUACCUGUCGAGGACCGUCCCUCCUUCGCCCGCAGUGAUCUCCAGUUUUACACGGUGGGACGCACGCCUGGGAGAGACUUUUCAGCAGCUUUUAGCUUCAGGGACCUGGGCUUGUCGCGAGGACGUCCGAGAGGCCGCCCUAGACCAGAUCUUCCUCCCCAUCCGUCUCGGGGGUUUCGGCAUUCGUCGCAUGGCGCGCAUGGCCCCGGUGAGUUUCGUGUGCUCCUGGGUGCAGUGUGCACCCAUUCUCUGUUCUCUCCCUGCGUGUGGCGAGGUGUUUCGGCAGAGCUUCGCUUCAGGUGAGCCAGAGCAGAUCGACCGGGCUCUGCAGACGGCGCUAGAGGGUCUCCCUCCUGACGUUCUCUCUCUCCUUCCCCCCUGGCCCUCUUGCGCUUCUGCCUCCCCCGAUUCCCUUUUUGCAGGAGCGAGCCGUCUUCUGGAGGCGCAUGCCUUGGAGGCCGUGCGUGCCCGUCACACCUCUCCCUUGCACCUUGCCCGUUUGACUUCCCUUCAGGGCGGAGGUGCAGGAGCGUGGUUGACGUCGGUGCCGUACGCCGACCCACUGCGCAUCCCGGAGGCGCUGUGGCAGGCGGCUUCAUCUUCUCGUCUUGGUCUCCCUAUCCCCCAGUUAGCCCUUGCAGGUCAGUGCUCCUGCGGACAGGCGAUUGACGACAUGACGGUGCCUCAUCACGCGGUUCGGUGCCCGCGUUACGGGGUCGCCACUACCAUCCACGACACGGUGAAGUACAUGCUUCGAGACUUUGCGGUCGAGGCGGGCUUCGCGGUAAAGGUGGAGGACUCUACGCUGUUCACACAGUUGGAGGCGGCUCGAGCGAGACUACUGGGACAGCCAGUGGUGGGAGAGGGGACACGGGCUGAGGGACCGGGGGAGCGGAGAGGCGAGGCGGGACAGCCGGGUGGCGGGGGACAGUGGGGACGGCACCAGCUGCGGGGUCAGGUGGAGCGAGGGACAGGUGGGCAGAGGGGACGGCAGGGGGAGCAGACGGGCCAGGACGGGGAGGGGGGACGGCACAGGCAGCAGCAGGAGAGCCAGUGGAGGCCGCGGGCCCAGGGCGCCGCGCCUCCAGGUUCGGCCUCGGGGGCGGGGCAGGGGCGGGAGCAGCAGAGAGCGGACGGAGGUACAGGAGGGGCAGCGGGAUUGGGAGGGGAGGGCCAGGGAGUGAGAGAGGCAGCAGGGGAUGGAGCAGGGGGGUCGGGAGGUUUGGGGGAGGGUAGGGAGGGGGAGGGGAGAGGACAGGUGGAUGGAGGAGAGGAGAGGGGGAGAGAGACGAUCGGAGAGGGGGCACCAAGGGACCAGACAGGGCAGCAGCCAGCGCAACAGCAGGGACCAGUCGGACGCACAGGCCGUGUAGGCACCGCCUCCCGCAUUCCAGACCUCACCUGCCGCGACGUUGGCCAGGGUCUGAUGGUUCUUGUGGAUGUCUCCAUAGCGGAUCCACAGCGGGAGGGGAACGUGCAGCUGAGACGGGCGACCCCCACACAGAUUGGAGUGGCAGCAGCUAGGCGGGUGCAGGAGAAGCUGCGUCACUGGGGGCCGCACUUAGAGGGGCUGCAGCCGGCACCACACUUUUACGCGUGCGUGGCGGAGACCUUUGGCCUUCUGAGUGAGCCGCUGCGUCAGUUUCUGGGGCUCUGCGCAAAGAGGAUAGCACAGCGGAGGAGGGAUAGAGGUGGGGGGGAUGACGGAUCGGCACGGAUAUUUGAGGCAGGACUCACUACACGCCUCUCCGUUGCACUGCAGCGCGCGCAGGCUCAAUGCAUGAUCCAGCAUGCGGUGCGGCAGUUAGGGAGCGGGCCCGCGGCAGCGCAGGGCCGCGGAAGUGGCGGAGGAGAUCGCGGAGGGGGAAGCGGCGGGCGUGGCGCGAAAAGAGGGGGAGGCAGGGGCGGGGGCGCUAGCGACGGCGGCGGGACUGUAGGCGGACGCGGGCGGGGAGCGGGCGGAGGGGGGGUAGCUGGCGGAGGAGCCGGCGCGGGCAUUGGCGCAAGCUCCAACUGGUCUGGCGGAGCCGGGGGAAGCGGAAGGGGAGGGGGGGAUGCGCGCACAGGCGGAAGCGGACCAGGCAGGGGCGGCGGUGCUGGAGGCGGGGGAGCAGGGGGGUGGGGACCGAACCGUAGCAUGGGUACUUAUAGUAGCAUGGGGGGUAAUAGUAGUACCGCAAGCAACAGCGCUAGCAGCACCGCCGCCGCCAGUUCCACUUCGUCUUCCGCUGCUCCUACCGCUGGCGGAUUCCCCACUUCCGCCGUGGUCUCCCAGCCUUCCGCGUUCCCUUCCGCGUUCCCCUCCGCCAUGCGCCCGCUCCCCUUCAUCACGGACCCCGCGCGCCUGGCGCAGCAGUUCCCCGCGCUGCUCUCUGACAGCAGCGACGAGGAGGGGGAGGGGGACGAGGCGGACGCGGAGGGGGAGGGGGAAGGCGCGGAAGGGGGAGGGCGAUCCAAGGGGAAGGCUAGUGUGGAACGGCUAGAAGAGGCGAUUUUCGGGGCUUAUCUAGCAGGGAGGGGGGGGGGAGGGGGAGGGGGAGGCGGAGGAGGAGGGGGGAGGGCGGAGAGUGGCGUUUCCGAACCUGUUUCUGCCGAUCCUACUUUCACAGCAGGUCUGGAGAAGAUCCGGGACCACCUGAACGCCGUCCAAUCGGGCGGCGCCAGCUGUCUGGUCUCAUUCGCUCCUGCUGCCACUGUGGCAAGAAAGAGGAUGUUUGCCGCUGCGGGCAGCAUGAAUUUUCCUGCGCUGCCCGCUGCGGCAGCCGCCUCGCCUGCGGCAUCCACUCCUGCGACGCCACGUGUCAUCCGGGUAGCUGCCCGCCCUGCGAUCGAGAGGGAAGCUUUUCUUGCCGAUGCGGGCAGGUGA